AUGGUGGCUAAGACAGACUGCGCAGAAAAGUCCAAACCCAUCGCUGGAAACAAGGUGUCCAAACCGCUCAUGGAAAAGAAACGAAGAGCUCGCAUAAACAAGUGUUUGGACCAGUUAAAAUCCCUGCUGGAGAGCUACUACAGCACCAGCAUUCGAAAGCGCAAACUGGAGAAGGCAGACAUCUUGGAGCUCACUGUGAAACAUCUAAGGAACCUCCAAAAGAUCCAGAGCUUCGCUGCCGCUGCUUCCGAGUUCCCCGAUUACCAAACUGGCUUUCGCAGCUGCCUGGCAAACGUCGACCAGUAUUUGCUGAUGGCAGACAACUUGAACGGGAGCGACCGCUGGAUGUUAUCGCAGCUUUCCAGUAAACUGUGCCGCUCCCGGGCACGGGGGGCAGUCUUCAGCACCAUGGACAGCGGCCUGGGCCAAGCUGAGACACGGGACGAGGCGCCGAGACUUCUUCCAUCUGCAGCCGGACCUGAGGAGAGAAAAACGGCCAAAUCUAAAGCCGAGACACCGGACAGCACAAGCAUGCCUCCUUCAUUACGGAGCGAAGGAAACAAACAGAUGACCGCCACACGACACACUCAGAACAGCUCCGGCCACAAGAAGCUUCACUCCGUCAGUCACAGGAAUGAAGGCGCAAACGCUCAGCGCAACGUGUGGCGGCCUUGGUAG